UCCUUUAAUCAAUUGUAACCUUACUCUUUUCGUCUUUCAAAUGUUUUCUUAAUCAUCGUCCUCAAGGUUAAAUUAUUUUGAAAACGGUUUACCAAUCAAGGUUCAAUUACAGUUACCAGCGUUUAACAAACAUUUUAGUGAUUUUUAUUUUUCUUCCUAUCAACCAAAUUGGUUGAAACCAAUGUGUCUAAUGUAUCGUUUCAACUUUACCCUUCAAUCUUUUGGAUUUCAUUUGCCAGUUGGUUAAUCUUGUAAUCUAUUUACUGCUAUGAGGUGUAUAUGACGAUAUAAAUUGUAAAUUAUUGGAUUAUUACAUUACUUUCAAUAUUUGGUAGUCACAUUGUGUUUACUUCUGUACAGAAGUAUAUUUUGGAUUGAAUCCCUAAAUAGUCACCCAUUGAUGUCAUUGGAUGGAUUUGAUUAGAUAACUUCUUCCCUCAAAUACUACUUUAAUCGUGGUUUUUAUGUUUUGUUAUCUUUCACUUGUAACUCUAAUUUGGGUAAUCAAUUUGCACCAUCGAAGGAAGUAUUUCUUUCUCUUUCUGGCCUAAACAACAUUUGCUUCCAUGUUUAGAUUUCAAUUGUUGUUCCUUAAAAUUGCCUAAUUUAUGACAAAAAGUCUCUACCGCGAGAUUAUAUUGCUGAUGGUUUAAAGCUGCAUUUAGUGGAUAAAACAAGGAGUCCAAUCAAAUUGUACAAAUCUGGUUCCCAUUACAAGCCAAUCAAGGGCUAUGGAAAGGACUAUGACUAUGAAACGGGUGAAAGUAUCGAUGAUGAAUUUGAAGAGGAAUUUGUUCCAUUGAAAUCAUCUAAAGACAAGGAAUAUGAACCCAACCAUUGGCCUAAAAGUAAAGAGCCUGAACCAGUUUCAGAUAUUGUACCUUCACGUGGUGUAAAUGACAUUAAUGAUGUAGACGGAUACAAUGAGAAGAGCAAGAAAAAGAUAACUGAAGAUUCACCAAUCCUUCAACGUUUACCUCAAUCUUCAAUUAAUCCUAUGAAAAGUUCCUUGACUAGUGAUUCAAAAGAUUGGAAAUAUUCAGUUUGUGAAGAGUUUCUUCUUCGAGAGUCUGGAAAUUCAAAGAUACCUAAAGCUUUGAGGUACCAUGUAGACAUUGAUGACCAUAAACGUCUCAAUGUUAAUCCACCAAUUGAUAAGAAAGAAAUGACUAAAUGUUUACGAAAUUUAGCCAUAAUUCGUGGAACUGAUGCCAGAUUCAGAGGACUGGAGCAGCUUAACAACAAGAAUGCAUUAUCGCCAAAUCCCUUUUCUUCCUCUUCUUCAUCUUUUCCUCCCUCUUCUCCUCCUAGAUGGUCAUCAGAUGGAGAGAGCCAAGCCGGCAUGACUCCUGGAAAUGUUGAAGCAAACCGAGCUCGAAUAAUUUCCCGGUUAAGUGAAGAACAGAUUAGAAAACUUUUACUCCUUUUAACUGAAAUGCUGGAUAAAAGGAUGAAGCCAAGUCCAGAGCUGGGAAAAGUUCCAAUACAUGGAAAAUUAACACCACUCAUGUACUCCAGUACAUUAGGAUUUAAAUCUCCUGGGCAGCGAAGACGUCCUCCUCUUCCAACCGGUCCACACUCAUCCGCACCUGGCAAUAAAUUUCCAAUCUUAACACCAUUAUCUGGUUCAGGAAACUCAAUAGAUGGUGGAUCAAGUAAUAUGAUUGAUUCAAACUCGCCGAUGCCAUUUAGUAAUGAAUUUGGAUUUAAUUCUCCGUCAUUUUCAUCUUCGAGAGGAGUCCGGCCAUAUUCUAGGUUUACAUCAAGCUCUUCUUAUGGUCCAUUGUCUUCUCCAUCUUAUUCAGGAUAUUCACCCUUUCACCCAUCUUCUUAUCCUAUGGUUUCCCCUCUUUAUACUCAUAAUCAUCAUCCUGCUACCCAAGUGACUCGCUUUCCAUUUACUUCACCAACUGGAGUGAAGAAGCUUUUAGUCAAUGAAGUUUUAGGAGUGAAAAAAGUGGAAAAAUAUAAUGGUGAACGUGAAGUUGAAGUUGGAGGUGGACCAAAAACUGUGGUUGUUCAUGAAGGUGAACUUCACGUUGAUCCUAGUGGGGAAUCUUCUGCUAUUGAAAUUGAUGAAAAUAAAAUGAAACAAUAUCGAGACAACUAUUUAACUGGUUAUGGAGGAUAUCCUCGAUUUUCUGGUUUAUCAGGGAGACCAGGUGCCACAGGUGACAGAUAUGGAUCUUCAUUUUAUGAUUCUUUUCGUGAUUCACCAUUUCCAAAUGAUCCAUCUUUUCCAGGAUCUCCCCUUGAUUCAUCGGGUUCAUCUCAAACUGAACUGUCAGCCCUUCCAGUUUCACCUCCUCCAAUUGGACGCUAUCAUCGUGAUAAACAUAACCAUCAUCGCCAUCAAAGCUAUCAUAAUAACAAUGGAAAUGAAUAUGUUUACUCUUCUGAACAAGGGUCAACAUCUCAUCCUUCUCCUGGACUUCAAGUUACCAAAUGUGAUGAAACAGGAACUUGCACUGGACCCGGAAUAGAUGGAGAAGAAGAAAGUAUCAAAUCAAAAUACAAAGCAAACAAUUCGGCUACCAGAGCUGCUUAUGGUCGAUAUGGAGCCAAAUAUUUAGGAUUAACACUAACAUCCAUCGCUAAUUAUGCUCUGGGUAAUUUAAUGGGUGUCUUGUAUUCACCAUUCAUGAAGGGUAGAGACUACGACAAGAGUGGUAAAGCUAAACCCGAUAAGAAGCAUCCAACAUCCAUUCCCAUCGGAGGUCGACCCGCAAAAGGAAUGUUUGAUCCUACAAAUGGAAUGAAAAUGAAUGGUAAACCACCGGGAAGUACAGGACCAGCCUUAGAUCAAGAAAUUGAAAAUAUGCUCGAUGAUUACGAUGACUUGGAUGGUGAUAGUAACAAAGCAAGGAGAAGAAAAAGGAGAAGAUGAAAGUGUUAAUUAAGUCUUGUUUUUAGCUUGCUUGGUGAAAUUAAGUUAAACAAUAAUAUGCAAUUACAGUAUUGCCUUUGAUCAUGCAAAGGAUCAAAUUUUUAUCUCCAUCAUUAAAAUCAUUAUCAUGAUCAUUUACAUCAUCGCCAUCAUCAACGUUGCCGCCGUCCUUUUCGCCAUCAUCAUCAUUUUCACCAGCUUCAUUAUCAUCAGUGUAUUUCAUUCAUCAAUCACAUUAAAUUAUGUAAACAUUUUAAUAAAAACAAACAAUUUAUCGUUCUGUUU